AUGAAUAAUGAUAAUUUUAACUCCGACAAUAAUGAAUCAAAUCGACAAAAUUCAUCAAGAACUCAAAGAAGAUUAAGAAGACAACAACUAAGAGAACAAAGCAUAUUUCCAAGAAUUCUUAAUUAUCAAGAAAGUCAAGAACAAGCAUCAUUAUCAAAUAAUAAUGAAAGUGAAACUAGAGAAGUAACGCCACUUUCACGUUUAAUAAGACGAUCAACAUCUCCUUCAAGUCCUAUAAACCAAACAACUUCAUUUGAUGAAACAGGACCAAAUUCAUUAUUAUUAGAACCACCACCUCCUCCUUAUACAGAUGCAGAUAUUCCUGAAUCAAGACCAUAUGUAAAUACUUUAAGAAGAGGACCAAGAAGUAAUAUAUUUACACCAUUUCGUGAUACUCGUUAUACACGUUCAUCCACUCAAUCAGCUCAAGCAAAUAAUCCCAAUAUCUCAGAUAAUAACACCAAUAGUAAUGCUUCAAGGACCAAUAAUGCUUCAAGGACCAACAAUACUUCACGUACAAAUAAUACUUCACGUACCAAUAAUACUUCACGUACCAAUAAUACUUCACGUACGAAUAAUACUUCACGUACCAAUAAUACAUCAAAUAAUGCUUCAAGGACCAACAACACGUCAAAUGGAGAAGUAGAUUUACAUGAAAGAGCAAUAGUAAUAACAGUAAAUUAUUUAUUUUCAGAUGAAAAUAGACCAAAUAAUCCAAAUAGAUCAGGAUCAUUAGUUUUAUCAUUACCAAAUAAUUCAAAUAAUAGAGAUCCAAAUGCAAUUCAAGAAUUUAUUAGAAUUGCAACUUCAAUGGCUUAUCAAUUAGUUAUUCAAGGUUUAAAUAAUAUGAAUCAACAAAAAGGAAUUACAUUAAAUAAAUUUAAAUCGUUUGAAAAAAUUAUGAAAUUAAGUCAAUUAAAUUUUAAUAAUAAUGAUGAUACAAGUGGUGAAGAAGUACCAGAUUCUUCUAAAAUUUGUCCUAUUUGUUUUGAAGAAUUUUUAUUUUUAGAAAAUGAAUUAGGUAAAGAUGAUUUGAAAACGGAACUGUUAACAAAUGAAAAUGACAAUUUAAGUGAAGAAGAUGAUGAAAAUGAAAGUGCAAUGGAUGAUGAAAGUUUUAUUACAAGUAAAAGAAGAAGAUUAGUUGAUAAAACAUCAAGAUUAUUUAGAAGAUUUUCAAGAUCAAGAACUGAAAAUGUAAAUAGAGAAGAACUUGUUAGAAAUCAAGAUAGUCUUAACAACAACAAUGAACAAGAUGUUUCAACGACACACCAAGAUGGUAAUGAUAAUGAACCAACUACAACAACUAAUGAUCCAAAUACAAAUAAUGAACCUAAUAAUGCACAAACAUCAUAUCAAUCAACUCAAAACGAACAACAACAACAACAACAACAACAACCAAUAUAUUUAAUUGAUUUUAAAGAACCAUUUCAACAUAUCCCCAUCAAGAUGCCAUGUAAUCAUAUUUUUGGUCAAGAUUGUUUAUGUGAAUGGCUUAAAUCAAAUUCAACAUGUCCAUUAUGUAGAUUUUCAGUUGCAGAACCUAUAAAUACAAGUGGUGGUGAUAACACUACUGGAAGAAAUAUUAAUCCACCUAAUAUUAAUAGUGAAAAUCUAAAUAAUGUUACUCCAAGAUAUCAAAGAAUUAAUGGACAAAAUUUUACAUUUUAUACUAUUUCAAAUAAUAUGAUUAAUUCUCAAGGUGAUAAUAAUAAUAAUAAUGGUAAUGAUUCUACAAAUUCAAAUAAUAAUACAAACAACAACAACAAUACUCAAACGAAUCAGUCUAAUCAAUCUACAAGUCAAAUUAAUGUUACAAAUCAAUUAGCAAAUUUAUUAAGACCUGCAUUAAUGGGAUUAAAUGGUGUUGGAGGAAGAGAAGGAGAUAAUAAUAGAUCAUCUAAUAAUAAUUCAAAUCAAAAUAAUUUAUCUACUCCACCACCUAUUCCUGGAACAUUUAUGAAUAGAUCAAAUACAACAGGACUGAUUUUAACAAUUCAUAAUGAUAAUUCUUCGAAUAAUAAUAGUAAUAGUAAUCAAUUUUUACCUGGAAAUAAUCAUAAUCAUAAUCAUACUCAUAAUCAUAAUCAUACAUCAUCUAUAAAUUCUUCAAAUAAUGAUUCAACAAAUGUUAUACCUGGAUAUUCUGAUAUUUUAAAUUAUAUAAGACAUGGAUUUUCAAGAUCAAUGAAUCCUUCAAAUAAUAAUGACAACACAACUACUGAUAAUGAUCAAACUUCAACAGAUAAUCAAAAUGAAACUACUAUUCAUCAAUCCUCAUCUAUUACCAAUGUUAAUGAAAAUAAUGAUAAUACCACAAGAAGAAGAUCAAUGUUAAAUAAUUUAUUUCCUAUUGGAAUAAGUAGUAGACGUACUUCAAAUGGAGUUGAAACUACAACAACUGAAAAUAAUAAUUUAUUUGAAAAUAAUCAGCAACAAAGAGAACUUUAUCAAGAAGAAGAUGAUGGACCAGAAAUUGGUAGUUUAUUUGAUGAAGUAAUUUAA